UGGCCUGGCCCGGGGCCGUUGUGGGGAGGCUGGGAAGUUGAAGAACACUCUGGCCUCCUCCAUCAUGUCGGCCAAGAGGGCAGAACCGAAGAAAACAAACCUGAGCAAGAACUACAAGGCAGCUUGCCUGGAAUUGAAGCCAGAGCCAACCAAGACAUAUGACUACAAAGGAGUUAAAAAACAAGGGCUGUUCACCAAAAUAGGAGUGACACGGGAGCUGAAGAAUGAAAUCAGGGAGGUGAGGGAAGAGCUCCAGGAAAAAAUGGAGGAGAUAAAACAGAUAAAGGAUAUAAUUGACAAGGAUUUUGAUAAACUUCAUGAAUUUGUGGAAAUUAUGAAGGAAAUGCAGAAAGAUAUGGAUGAGAAGAUGGACGUUUUGAUAAACAUACAGAAGAACAACAAGCUUCCCCGUAGAAGAGGAACGAAGGAGCAGCAGGAACUUGGGCUCAUAGGAAAGACUAACACAGACCCACAGCUCAGGCCCAAGAAAAUGGAUGUGGCUGAUGGAGCACCCUCUGCUCUUCACAAGAAGACGAUGGCAUCACAAAAACCAGAGAAAGACCCACCGGAUUCCCAUCACCAAUAUAGGACCUGCUGCGAGAAAUGUUUGUUGUGUGCCCUAAAGAACAACUACAAUCAGGGAGACACAUCCCUUCAGGGCCUUGGCCUUUACAUAGGCAGGGAUGAGCCAGUGACCUCCAAAGCUCACACUGAUCCACUCUAUACCUGCCCCAAAUUCCCAAACUGA